AUGAAAGCUGACAUGUACAAUGAGUUUGCUCCGCCUGUGCGAUGCGCAAUCGCGCAACCUACCCCCGCCGGCACAUCGGAGAAUUUCGAGGACGACGAGGACGACAUUAUUUGUCUCGGAAUGUCGUUCAAGAUCAUUCCUGGGCUCUUUCAGAAACCGGACGCCCCUCGACGACGGAUUCCUCAGGCACAGCGCCCCAACGUCGGCUGCAAAGACCGCCGGACCCCCAUGAACACGCUCACACCACAUCGUCGCUCAAUCAUGACACUCGCGGUCAACAUCCUUCGGGACAUAAUGGAGCGCACGUCGACGGUGAUAUCGGGCGACAUCGCGCUGCAGUUCUUCUCACGCAUCACACUGGACAAUCCUGUCCUUGAUUUAUACACCGAAUAUCACCAUCGAUACGCCGUCGUCAACGGCGUCAUUGCCCUUGGGUACCUCUUUCGACCACGGGUUUCCCAACCAUCGCACGUUGAGGGCGCACUCCAUCACCUAUCGUACAAUCAAGAGAAGGAUGACUAUGUCAAUAGCAUUCAUGGCGUCCGCGAUGUACUUGCUUUCACAAGUUCGUCUACUGGAGGGGUCUGCGUACGAGUCUUCAUCGUCUCCGGUUGCGCCGUUGACGCGAUUUUGUCCCAACCUCACACCAUGCAACACAACAUCAUAACCUUUCGAGCGGCGUACUCGCUCUACCCCAAGACGACGUUUGUCGACAAAAUCUCUCAUCCAGUAGACUCGCUCGAACCCAAUGUGCCGGCGAAAUACGCGGCUGAAGGGUGGACGUGCGCAAGCGAAGUUACUCGCGCGCGAUUAGCGCAUCUACCGAGAGAGCUACGAGCGAAGAGCAGAUACGUUGGCGAUGAGCAUACAUGGACUAUCGAUUUUGAUACUACACGGGACCGGCCACUGGAUCCCACGCUCUUCAACUCGUGGCACCUGCUGUGGUGGGAGAGAGAGCGUGGGCAACAAGUACUUGAACCGACGAUUGAAAGGCACGUAUACAUCGGGCCCAAGUCCUGGUUGCAAAAUCGAGUGCUUGGAGAUGUGGAUCAUAUUCGCGAGUUCACUUGCGAACUUGGUACAACGCAGUCAGAUAUUCAUCCUCAUUCAAUCGAGGAUGUACUCAAGGCCCUCAUAAGAAGCGGUGCUAAACAUUUAUUCCACGAACGCCAGCCUGCCCCAGCCAUAGUCAGGCGUAUGGAUGAUGUUGAGAUGCAUCCCAUGGUUGUCCUCGGUAUCCCGCAGCUCAUCCUCGACUCAAUCGAUGACGAUGUACCGCGGAAGACAAGGGAGGCUGAGCAACAAGAUUAA